AUGGAAAGCUCCGAGCCCAAGACCCAGGAGCCCAGAUCGAAGUCAGCUCUGUGGGAGGGCACACCGCAGUACGACUAUGUCUGCUUUGAGAAAUGCACCCGGUAUGGGAUACCCGUGGAGGCAGGACGCGAGGCUGGGGGGACAGGGGACGACCUGCACUGCCUGGAGAACUCCCUCAGCUACCCACAGCUUUAUGGCCAAUACACAGACCAGAUAUCUGACUUUGCAGAGAAGGAAGCAGCAAAACUACUCAAUAAGAAGCAGGACCAAAAGAGCAAUGAAGGACCCCGGAAACGUGCAAGUCAAGUAGAGAUCAAAGAAGAGCACUAUUCCAAAUGUCAAGACUGUGCUAGACGCAUCCAGAAGUAUGUUACCAAGAAACUUGGAGAGGACUGGAUUUUCUUGGUUCUGUUGGGCCUGGUCAUGGCGUUGGUGAGCUGGGGAAUGGAUUAUGCCAGUGCGAAAAGCCUACAGGCCUACAAGUGGAUGUACAGAGAGCUGCACCCAAAUGUUCCUCUGCAGUAUCUGGUGUGGGUUAUAUACCCACUUCUUCUUAUUCUGUUUGCGGCCAUUUUCUGCCACCUCGUCUCUCCACAGGCUGUCGGGUCUGGCAUCCCAGAGCUCAAGACAAUUAUGAGAGGAGUGGUCCUCAAGGAAUAUCUUACUCCCAAAGCUUUUGUCGCCAAGGUUGUGGCUCUCACAGCUGGGCUGGGAAGUGGCAUGCCUGUGGGGAAAGAGGGUCCUUUUGUGCAUAUUGCCAGCAUCUGUGCUGCAGUUCUCAGCAAGUUCAUGUCAAUCUUUUGUGGUGUGUAUGAGCAGCCAUAUUAUUACACGGAUGUCCUGACCGUGGGUUGUGCUGUCGGGGUCGGCUGCUGCUUUGGGACACCACUUGGAGGGGUCCUUUUCAGCAUUGAGGUCACUUCCACUUAUUUUGCUGUGCGUAAUUAUUGGAGAGGUUUCUUUGCAGCCACCUUUAGUGCCUUCAUUUUCCGAGUCCUUGCUGUUUGGAACAAGGAUGCAGUUACCAUCACAGCCCUGUUCAGAACAAACUUUCGAAUGGAUUUCCCUUUUGACCUGCAAGAGCUGCCAGCUUUUGCUGUAAUAGGGAUAUGUUCUGGAUUCCUUGGAGCCUUUUUUGUGUAUCUCAACCGCCAAGUGGUUCUGUGCAUCCGGCGUCACACCACUCUGAGCCAGUUUCUCACCAAAUACCGCCUCAUAUACCCUGGGGUUAUAACCUUCUUUAUAGCAAGUAUGACCUUCCCUCCAGGAUUUGGGCAGUUCAUGGCAGGAGAGUUGAUGCCACGGGAAGCCAUCAGCUCUCUCUUUGAUAAUUAUACCUGGGCGACAUACACAGGGGACCCACAGAUCCUAGGUAAAUCUGCUGCCUGGAUCCAUCCCAAAGUCAGUGUCUUCAUCAUCAUCCUGCUUUUCCUCCUUGUGAAGUUCUUGAUGGCUGUCAUUGCUACCACAAUGCCAAUCCCCUGUGGAGGCUUCAUGCCCGUUUUUGUUCUAGGUGCUGCAUUUGGGCGUCUUAUUGGGGAAAUCAUGGCAUCAAUUUUUCCGAAUGGGAUCCUCUUUGAUGACAUAGUCUAUCAAAUCUUACCUGGAGGUUAUGCUGUCAUUGUCUUCUUCCUCUAUUCCUUUUCCACCCUCCCUGGGAAAGGUGCAGCAGCUAUGACAGGAGCAGUGAGCCACACUGUAUCCACUGCUGUGAUCUGCUUUGAGCUGACAGGUCAGAUCUCUCACAUCCUCCCCAUGAUGGUGGCUGUCAUUCUUGCCAACAUGGUGGCCCAGAGUCUGCAGCCCAGCCUCUACGAUAGCAUCAUCCAGGUGAAGAAGUUGCCCUACCUGCCAGACCUGGGCUGGAAUCACAUAAGCAAAUACAAUAUCUUUGUUGAGGAUAUUAUGGUCCAAGAUGUGAAAUUUGUCUCCUCCAACUGUAAAUACCGAGACUUGCAAACUCUGCUUCAAAGCACAACUGUUAAGACUUUGCCUUUGGUAGACUCACCAGAGACCAUGAUCCUUCUGGGGUCUGUAGAGCGAACUGAACUGCAGGCUCUCCUCCAGAGACAGAUAAGCCCGGAACGGCGGCGGCUCCUCCACAGAGAAAUGCAGCAGAAGCUGUCUGAGGCACCCUACGAUGGGCACAGCAAGGGACCGUGGGCAACCCUGCCGAAUGUGAAGCAUGAAUCUUUUGCUUAUGUUGAUGAGGAUGAGGAUACAGAUGAGAAGGGAGAGCUGCCUCGUCCCCCAAGUCCCGCUCCCAGUUAUCCAGAGGAGCCCAAUGGCCCAACAAGUCCUCUUAAACAAAUGCCUGAAACUUUGGAACCACAGCAGCUCCCAGGUGCUGAUUGCCCUGAGGCUGGGAGAAGGAGCUUUCUCUGCUGUGCCUGUAUUAAAGGCAAUUUCAGGAGUUUGAGGCAACUGAUCCAGCAGCUCUUGUGCCAUUACAACCGUCCACUUGAAACAGAGAGUGCCAUCCAGGAUCCAGUGGAAGUCGAAACAAUGAGGCCAGAAGAGAUAGAUGCUUGGGAACAGGAGGAGCUGAACAAGGAUGUUUGCUUUGACAGCUGCCGCAUCGACCCUUCCCCUUUCCAACUGGUAGAGAGAACUUCUCUGCACAAGACACACACAUUGUUCUCAUUACUGGGCCUCAGCCAUGCCUAUGUAACCAGUAUGGGGAAGCUGAGGGGAGUGUUGGCAUUGGAAGAGCUCCAGAAGGCAAUAGAGGGCUCCACACGCUCUGGGGUCCGUCUCCGCCCACCCCUUGCCAGUUUCCGUGACACCAACAGGACUUCAGCGGGUGGUGAGAAGGCCACUCAGGCCACUCAGGUGUGGAACCUGCAGGACAGCUGCACGGUGGCAGCACAGCAAGCAGCAGACUUGGCCACAGAGAGCCCCCUGCCUCCCUGCUCCUACUCCCCCCAGCCCUCACACCUGCAUGAAGAGGGGGAAAUUCUGCCCUCCCCUGACGCCACUGAUACCGAGUUGGAAGAGAUGGAGCUGGCAGGGCCAGUUGCUGAAAACAUCUCAGACAUCCUCAAGGACAUAAGCCUACGUUCCACUGACCUGAAUGAGGAUGAAGAUGAGGAUGAGGAUGUCCCCUUAUAG